AUGCUUAAGCUAAGGGCAUUAGCAGAAGCCAAGGCAAAAGCCAAGGCCCAAGAAGAAGCAGGAGUGAAAGGGAAUUCUGAGCAUCCAUCUCAUGCAGCAAAGCCUGCUUUGUUAAGACUACAGAAGGAUUUGGAUAAUAUUGACCUACCGAAAGAGAUUUUAGAAUAUACCACUCACUUGAAUGAGACUCCUAUGAGAGUUAACUUAUCUCUUAAGCCGGAUAUUGGAUAUUAUGCUGGUGGUACGUACUACUUUAAUCUUUUUGUGAAAGAUACCUACCCAAUGGAGCCACCAGUUGUGAAAUGCAUGCAAAGAAUAUACCAUCCAAACAUCGAUAUUGACGGUAAUGUGUGUUUGAACCUGCUAAGAGAAGACUGGACACCAGCAUUAGAUUUACAAAGCAUUGUCAUUGGAUUAUUAUUUUUGUUCCAUGAACCAAAUGGAAAGGACCCUUUAAAUCAAGAUGCAGCAAAGACUUUAAUGGAAGAUCCUUCAAGAUUUGAGGCGAAAUUGAACUAUACCUUGAGGGGAAGUAAUAUUGACGGAGUGUGGUACGAUAAAGUCAUGAACUAA